UGAAGAGGGUGGGGGGGGGCACACACACAGAACCAGACAAACUCUUCAGAAAUGGGUGGGUGGGAUAUAUAAAGGCUCUCAGAGAGAAGGAGAAAAAGAAGUCAAGCAACCGUUCGGGUGUCGCACCUCUUUUCCACAAUGAGCGUGUUUAUGGCUGAGUGUACACAUGGAGGUCAUAGACAAGCAUGCGGUCUCCACCACAGAGGAACUAACUUUUAAAGUUUUUGAAUUUGUAUUUUUUUUAAAGGAAUAACAAUUUGCUGGUGGAGGGGAGCUGCAGCCUACGGUUUUCUGAACCUGGACAUGGUGUUUGAUUCAAAGGUUUUUUUACGGUUGAGUUGUUUUCUUGUCUGAGAACUUUUUACAUCCGCAACGGGCAGUCAAGGGCUGACUCUUAAUUUCAGGAAGGAAUUCAACAAAGGCAGAGAUUUUCUCCUUCUUGGCUGCCAGGUCUCUGAGUGUUAUUAAGCAACCCUUUCUCUUUUUGGAUCAAUCAUCGAUUUGCUGAGGCAAAAAUGGAUUUAUCAUUUUUAGUUGAUAAAGAAUACAAUCAGACUUAUUUGGAGGAACGUUCUUAUUUAGCAGACAAUAUUGAUGGCUUUGGCAUCACCAUGGCUAUACUGUACUUGGUGGUGUGCAUCCUUGGACUAGCUGGAAACACCCUUGUCAUUGUUGCUAUUUUGAAAUUGGACAAAAUGACGUCUUCCACAACAGUGUACAUUUUGAACCUAGCGGUAGCCGAUGGACUUUUCAUGGUCGGGCUUCCCUUCAUAGCGAGCCAGAACUUUCAAAAGCACUGGAUAUUUGGCGACAUGGCGUGCAAAGUGGUUAUGGUUCUGGACGGCAUUAACCAGUUCACCAGCGUCUACUGUCUCACGGUGAUGAGCAUCGACCGCUACAUGGCUCUGGCUGACCCGCUUCGAUUUGCUCGCUGGAGAACGCCACGCAUUGCCAAGAUAGUUUCAGCAUUUCUGUGGCUAUUCUCACUCAUCACCAUCCUUCCAAUGGCGCUACACUUCUCAUCGAUAGGGGGCCAGUGUAUACCCAACCUGGUAUCAGAUGCCUGGUGGCUUGGCACCUUAACUUACACCUUCUUCACAGGGUUUGCCUUGCCAUUUAUGGUCAUGACAGUAGCCUACACAGCACUGUUGCUAACACUGCGGUCCAAGCGAAUUAGAGCAAUUGCGCCGCACAAACAGAACCAAAGGCUGGAACGGCAGGUCACCAAAAUGGUGGUGGCAGUUGUGGCGGUGUUUGGAAUGUGCUGGCUGCCUUUUUACACCUUUAACUUCUGCUCCCUGUAUCAAAGUGACCUGGCCCAAACCUUUGCCAAAGCUUUUGAGUUUGUGGUAUUGCUGUCAUAUUCAUGGAGCUGUGCUAAUCCCAUCCUGUAUGCCUGCCUCUCUGACACCUUCAAGGGGCACUUCCGCACCCUCCUUUGCCAAGGCAACAAUUUAUAUCCAAGCAUACACAACAACACUGAACAGUAUGACUUACAUGACACCGGUGUGCAGGAUGUGAACAUUUUGGCAUAGAGAAAAGACAAAAACUCACACACUGAUUUACUUAAUUUGCCAUGAUGAUUUGCCAAUUUGUCAUGACUGAUACCUUUCAUAUUCUUUAAACAUAUUUAACUGUUGGAUUGUUUGUUGACGCAUGAACUCAAAUGAAGUCUUUCUACACUAUAGUUUAGAUACAGUUAUUUUAAGGCUUGUAACAACUGUCACUUAUUAGGUGUGGUACGGCACACUGAAGUAACAACCUUCAUUCAUAAAUUCCACAGCAAACAUUUUGACUGGUAAAUGACUGCAGAAUUUUAGGCUUCUGUUGAAAAACAUAAAGAGCAACAGCUUUAACAGGGGGCGCCAAAUUUAAUGCAAACCCACAAGUUCCCCAUAGGAGCUUUAACUUGCAGUGUAUUGUUGUAUAUCUAGAAGUCAUGUUGGACUGAUUCUAUUAUUCAUGAUUAUGUCCUUUUCUGAUGCAAUAUGCCAUCCUUUUUGACUGUAUGUUGACUUUUAUGUUCACAUGACAUCAGCUCCGUUCAUUACUGUCUGAAAUGCAGGUUACAAGGAUUACAUUUAGGAGACUUGUGUUGACCAUAUUACGCUUUUCUUCCUGUGAAAAUUAAAGUUUUUUAUAUCCUAUUCCUUCGGAAUUGUCCAGAAUCCUUUUUAAAGGUCACAUAUUAUCCUCCUUUUCAACCAGUCUAAAUAAGUCUCAAAGCUCCCCAAAACAUGUCUGUGAAGAUUUUUGUUCUAAAUCCACUCUGAUCCUGUAUUUAUUCAUGUCUAUAAACCCCUCUAUUUCAGCCCUGCUCAGAACAGACUGUUUCUGUGUCUGUAGCUUUAAAUGUAAAUGAGCUGUGUCUGACCAUGCCCCCUCUCUGGAAGGGCUUGGGUGGCAUGGCUUCCUCACUCCAUGUCCAAUUGCUUACAGUGAGAAGGCAGACUCAGAGGGCAGAACAAAAACCUUGCUUUGGUAGUGUCACCCAACUGGAGGAAGGUUUACUGCUGUUUGUGAUGUCACAAGGGGAACAUCUCCAAAUGGCCUGUCUGAGCACACAUUUUCUGAAAAGUGGAGCAGGCGAAAGACAGAGAGGAUGGACUUUUCUCAUAAUUGGAGGGUUUGUAGACAGACUAUAGGAGCACAUAUUAGUUUUAGAAAAACCUGGUAAAGUGUAUUUUGCAUAAUAUACUUUAAGGCAUGUUGAUCAAAAUCACAAGACUGGAAAUUUCUUUUUGUUGAUCAUUUUAUCCAAUUUGUCCUUCAGCUUUUUUGAGAUAAAAUGUGUAAAUAGAUUGUAAAUAAAUGCAGGUGACUGAGAAUUUUUUGUUUUUGUGUUUUUCAGUACUAAGGAUUGA